GGGGGCAGAAGGGUCUAACUUCAGGAAAAAAUCAGAGUGGAGCCACCGGCUUCAAGGCAGCAACGUUACUCAUCCUGAGUUUCUUCAGUAUAGUGAUCAAUCCUGGUUGCCAUGGCGACGUCCAAUCUAAGCGAUGAGUGUUGUGAUCAAACCGUAACUGAUCGAGGUGAGGAGGAGGAGGAGGAGGAGAAGAGGAGCGUCAGAGGAGUUCAGUCUCAUUACCUGCGCUGUCCGUCUCCCAGUUUCUCCAUGAUGUCAGACUCCAGGUUCUCCAUGAUCUCUGGGUCAGAUGCUGCGAGCAUCUUCAUGGAACCAAUCCACCUCUCCUCAGCCGUCGCUGCCAAGAAGAUCAUAAACGAGGAGCUGCCACCGCGUGGCGUUCGCACCGAGUCCACGCCAGAGUCCAUGCUAGAAUCUGCCGAGCAGCUGAUGGUGGAGGACCUUUACAACCGUGUGCGCGACAUGAUUGAUGACCGCAGCCCUUACAACACCCCCUGUGUGCUGGACAUCCAGAGAGCCAUGGUCCAGGACCGCCUGGAGGCUCCCAUCAACCCCGUGGACGAGGUGUGGCUCAACAUCUUCAUAGCUGAGAAAUCUGUUGCAGUCAACAAGGCCCGUCUGAAGAGGAUGGGAAUAACACACAUCCUGAACACGGCUCAUGGAACGGGGGUCUACACCAGUGAAUCCUUCUAUGCCAGUAUGAACAUCAGGUACAUGGGUAUUGAGCUGGAUGACUUUCCCGACGCAGACAUCUCACAGCACUUCCGACCCACAGCCGAAUUCCUUGAUGAUGCUCUACUUACACACAAAGGAAAGGUUCUUGUGGUUUCCAUGAUGGGCAUCAGCCGCUCUGCCAUCCUGGUGGCGUCCUACCUGAUGAUCUUCCAGAAUAUGACCAUCAUGGAGGCGCUGACCUCCAUAAGGAAAAAACGUGCCAUCAACCCCAACGAAGGCUUCCUAAAGCAGCUGAGAGAGCUCAACGAGAACCUGAUGGAGGAGCGUGAGGACGAUGACGAAACGCUCAGCCAGUGCUCUGUGAUCGACGCUCGCACCCGCGCCAUGAUCUUUGGUGAAGAAGGUGAUGAUAAUGACACCGACAAAGAAGAGGAGCAGAGCAUGGUGGAGGUCAAAGCUCAGUCCAUCACGAUGGAGGAGGAGGAGGAUGGAGAGAGCGUGAUGAGCAGUGUGGCUUCUUCUGCAGCUGCUGCAGCGCUCAGAAGUGGAAUGAUUGGAGUCCAAAACGGGGUGGAGAGCCAGGAAGCAGAGCAACAGGAGCUGGUUCUACCAGACCAGAAUGGCCGGGAAGAAGGAGAAGAUGACGACGACGGUCUAGACAGCAUGAUCCGUGAGUGGCAGCGCAGGAAUGAAAAAUACCAGAGCGACGAAUGGUGGGAGGCACAGCUGAAUAGUGAGCAGGAGGAUGGCGAGUCCAUCUCAGGGGCUCAUCCAAAGAAGGCAACGCAAGGAUUAGAUGCUGAUGGAGAGAGUGUCACCAGUGAGGAUAUACGAUCUGUGAAAGAGAAGCUAAAACGUCGUAGCAGGAGGCCAGCCCCCGACGCCAUGUCCACUUCCAGCUGUAUGAGUUAUUCUGAUCUCUGGAAACAGAGGUUGAAGGAGAUCGAGGACCAAGCUGCUGCUCGUUACCACAAGAAGGAGGACGAUGACGGCAGCGAGAGCACGGCUACAGGAGGAGGACGGAAGAUUGAUGAUGAGAUUGACAGCAUCCUCUCUGACACUUGUUCUAUGUAUAAUUUUUGUCAGAACAACAAGGAGAAGAUGACCCCUCUGGAGCGUUGGCGCAUCAAAAGGAUCCAGUUUGGCUGGAACAAGAAAGAUCACGAAAAUGGAGUGAAGAGCUCUGUAGGCGAUGGAGAGGGAGAGUCCAGAACACCGCCCGUACAGGAGGUCAACCUGACAGCGUACCAGGCGUGGAAACUGAGGCAGCAGAAGCGUCUGGGUGAGGAGAACACGGAUGAGAUUCUGGAGAUGAGUCGGGGCGAGGACUCGGCAACCGUCAGGAGGAGGCAAAAGCGUGAGGAGAUCCUGGAGCGUUCCAAGAAAACGUUAGAGGAAAGUCAGUCCAUGUGUGGGUGGGAGGCAGAAAGCUGCGUCAGCGGAGGGACAAUACCCCUGUCGGCCUUUUGGGCUGGAGCUGGCGUCACAGGACCUCCGAGCAUUGUCAAUGAUGACAACAUGUCCAUGCUCAGUGGCAGAUCUUCUGUCAUAUCCUCCGUUUCACAGCCUCGGAGCGUCAGAUCCUCUAAGUUUGCUGUUCCACAGAGUCCUGCUCCACCAGUACCACCAAUCCUCCCAGUUCUACCAGUUCAAGGGCCAGGAGGAGAACCAAUGGUUAACCUCGCUAGCAUCCAGAGCUGGAUCGCUAAUGUUGUCUCUGAAACAAUCAAACAGAAGCAAAGUGAAAUGAGCCUUCCUCCUCCAUCACGAGCUGGGUCUGAGCUCCGCUUGGGUGGAGGGUCUAGUGUCCUCAUGGGCCGUGGUGUUGAGGACGAUAAAGCGUCCUUACUAAGUGCAGCUUCCUACUCCAACGUUGCGUCCAAGGAUGGAGGCAAAGCGACUUCUGUCCUCUCAGGUAGCGCACCCAGCAGCAUCUCAGGUCUCAGUGGUCGAGGUUCAGUCCUGGGGUCUGACUUUAGAUCCUCUCCGGGCUCUAGGAAGAACAAGAUCACCACGACCAGUGUCCCUCUUUUCAGCCUCUUCCAGGACCAGGUCAACCUUGGAAAACUGGACGAUUUGGACAAGGAGAUCAAGUCUGAAAUGAGGGACAAAAUGGCCACCUACGAAAAGAAGAAAAUCCUGGAAGACAACAGACGCAGUACUCUGUACAAGAAAAAGAAGGCAAAAGACGAUGAAGACGAAGAGAAUGAAAGGAAGAAGAAGGAAGAUGAGUUUCUUGAAGAGACAACGAAAAAGGAGAAAACAAAGAGGAGUUACGGCAUGUCUGGUUGUCUCAACCUGAAGCCAGCUCUGGAGAAAGACAAGAACACCAGCGUAGACAACUGGCUGAGAAGUGUCAGACCUCCUCCAAAGACCUCAGGAGCAGACGUCGACCCAUCUGAGGAUCCAUACGAUGAUCUUGAUGCUUCUGCUUCUGAAUUUGACUUCUCAAGCCACAGAGGUUCUUUUGCUGCUGAAGAUGACGAGGAAGCUUUUUCUUCCAGAUACCAGUCAAGGUUACGUGAAGGUCUCCCCGUUGAGCCCACAGAAUAUUCCGGCGAUGCUUUCUAUAGCCGAGCAGGUAGAGCCUACGGAGCUUAUGACAGCGACGAGGGAACAGACAGCUACGGGAACUUCUCCACAAAGAGGGAAUCAGAUCAUCACUCACGAUACCAAAGCAGAGGGACAGAAGGCAGCAGGAGAAGAUGGGAGGAUGCUGGUGAUGAUAAUGAUGAGGACGAUGAUAUUUCAACCUUCAUCGCCCAAACCAGGGAGAGGAUCAGGGCUCGAGCUGCUGCUGAGGCUGAAGAUGACGAGGUGCUCGCUGCAUGGAGAGCUCAGCAGGAAGCAAAGUCUCAACGCAGAGGAGAAUCCUAGAACCACCAGAUCUCCUCAACAUUAACUCUGGAUUAUAAGAAACAUCUGGUGUUGCUCAUUCAGUUCCACGCCGACCAGGAUUCAGAUUCAAGUUGCUUUUAGUGGAGAAAAAACUAAAUUUUAAACACAAAUUGAUAAGCUUUUUUUAUUAGUUUAAAUUGAUCAGAUAAUUAGAACAUUAAAGAUAAGUAUUAGUUGAUUGUGGAGCAUCACUUGAUUCGUACAGGAUGUUGUUUUAUUGGAUUCUGAUGAACCAGUAUUUCAGCAUUACUGCCACCUGCUGGCCUAGAGGGGAAAUUGUUGCCAUUUCUGCUUUCUAUUUAUUUUGGUUGGAAAUAAUAAACCAAAUGGAGGAAAACAA